AACAGAGCUGUGACACAGAACAAAGAGAUCCCUGUUUAUAGAAAGAAGGUAAAUUUUGUGUGAAAUAUUUCUUGCGACUGCAGCAAUAUUUCUUCUUCAAUGAGGAUUUUGCAUUCCUAUUAACCUUGGAUUACAAAAGAGCUGGCAGCUUCUGCAGAUAUUGACCAAGAUAAGAAAUUUUAUAGGAAUGAAGUGUGUAAACAUCUGCAUAUUGUGGUGAGAAAAUAUAGAUUAUGGAAAGUGAAUUGUGUGAGGACAAUGUGAAAUGUAAAAUGCUGACGGAAAGUCUUGACUUUAUUGAGGAGGUGCCAAAAGAUAGAGGAAAAACAUCUCACAACUGUGAUAUCUGUAAAAAAUCAUUUGCUCGGAAAGAAAGCCUCGCUACUCACAAACGUAUUCAUACAGGAGAGAAACCCCACCACUGUGAUAUCUGUGGAAAAUCAUUCUAUCAAAAAUAUGCGUUAACUAAUCACAAACGUAUUCAUACUGGGGAGAGGCCGUACCGCUGCAAUAUCUGUGGUCAGUCAUUCUCUGAAGGAGGAACCUUAACUAAGCACAAACGCGUUCAUACGGGAGAGAAACCUUAUCGGUGUGAUUGCUGUGGUCAGUCGUUCUCUGAAGUUGGUACACUAACUAAACAUAAACGCGUUCACACAGGAGAGAAGCCAUUUCGUUGUGACGUCUGCAGCCAGUCCUUCUCUGAAGGAAGCAGUUUGACCAGGCACAAACGCAUUCAUACAGGAGGGAGGCCAUAUCACUGUGAUGUCUGUGGUAAAUCAUUCUCUCAGAGUCAUGUCUUAACUAAUCACAAACGCAUUCAUACAGGAAAGAGACCUUAUCAGUGUGUUAUCUGUGGUCAGUCAUACUCUACGUUAAGUAUCUUGAGUACACACAAACGCAUUCAUACGGGAGAGAAGCCAUUUCAAUGUGAUGUCUGUGGUAAAUCAUUCUCUCAAAAUAAUGUCUUAAAUAACCACAAACGCAUUCAUACAGGAAAGAGACCAUAUCUAUGCGUUACCUGUGGCCAGUCGUACUCUACAGCAAGUACCCUGAGUACACACAAACGUAUUCAUACGGGAGAGAAACCUUAUCGGUGUGAUAUCUGUGGUAAAUCAUUCUCUGAAAAUACACAUUUGACUGUACACAAGCGCAUUCAUACUGGGGAGAAACCCUAUCAGUGUGAAAUCUGUGGUCAGUCAUUCGCUGUAGGAGGGACCUUAGCUAAGCAUAAACGUAUUCAUACGGGAGAGGAGCCUUAUCAGUGUGACACCUGUGGUCAGUCAUUCUCUCAAAAUGAUCAAUUAAAUAAGCACAAAUGUACUUCCACAAGAGAGAAGGCAUAUCACCAUGAUAAUUCAUUCUCUGAUAAUGAUGGAUGAACCAAACACAAAGGUAUUCAAACAGGAGAGAAAGCAUAUCAGUGUGAUAUUUGUGGUAACUUAUUCUCUUAAAAUCACCACUUAACUGGACACAGGUGUAUACUUACAGGUGAGAGAUCUUACCUGUGGUUAGCCAUUCUCUACAGGAUGUACCUCAACCAAACAUAAACAGAUUCACCUUGCAGGGAAGCCAUGUUGUGACAGGUGUGAUAAAUCAUUGAAUCAAAGGCUAAAUUAAUUGAACAGAAAUAUAUUCCUACAGAAGAUAUCACUGAUAUCUUUAUCCUUUCUUUCUUGUCAGCACUCUGCGUUCCUUGCUCUUUCGCUCCCUACUGGCGUGUUUGGAAGAAAACAAAGUAUUUUGAUAAUGUUAUUUUUAAUCUAAUAAAGACUUUUAUAUUGA